AUGGGGACUGAGCCCGCAGAACAGGUCUCCUGGGGACCCUACUCUGGGGAGGAUGAGGAGGCAUAUUCGGUUGAGCCCUUGCCAGAGCUCUGCUACAAGGCAGACGUCCAGGCCUUUAGUCGCGCCUUCCAACCCAGUGUCUCCCUGACGGUGGCUGCACUGGGUCUGGCCGGCAAUGGCCUGGUCCUGGCCACCCAUCUGGCGGCCCGACGUGCUGCCCGCUCACCCACCUCUGCCCACCUGCUCCAACUGGCCCUGGCCGACCUUCUGCUGGCCCUGACCCUGCCCUUUGCCGCAGCCGGGGCUCUGCAAGGCUGGAGUCUGGGAAGUGCCACCUGCCGUGCCAUCUCUGGCCUCUACUCGGCCUCCUUCCACGCCGGCUUCCUCUUUCUGGCCUGUAUCAGCGCCGACCGCUACGUGGCCAUCGCGCGGGCCCUCCCAGCUGGACCGCGGCCCUCGGCGCGGGGCCGUGCACACUUGGUCUCAGUCAUCGUGUGGCUGUUGUCGCUGCUCCUGGCGUUGCCCGCUCUCCUUUUCAGCCAGGAUGGGCACCGGGAAGGCCAGCGGCGCUGUCGUCUCAUCUUCCCCGAGGGCCUCACGCAGACGGUGAAAGGGGCGAGCGCCGUGGCGCAGGUGGUCCUGGGCUUCGCGCUGCCGCUGGGCGUCAUGGCGGCCUGCUAUGCGCUGCUGGGCCGCACGCUGCUGGCCACCAGGGGGCCCGAGCGCCGGCGCGCGCUGCGCGUCGUGGUGGCCCUGGUGGCGGCGUUCGUGGUGCUGCAGCUGCCCUACAGUCUCGCCCUGCUAUUGGAUACUGCCGACCUCCUGGCGGCCCGCGAGCGGAGCUGCCCCGCCAGCAAGCGCAAGGAUCUGGCACUGCUGGUGACCGGGGGUUUGGCCCUAGCCCGCUGCGGCCUCAACCCGGUGCUCUACGCCUUUUUGGGCCUGCGCUUCCGCCAGGACCUGCGGAGGCUCCUAAGGGGUGGGGGCUGCAGUCCAGGGCCUCACCCCGGCGGCGGCCGCUGCCCCCGCCGGCCCCGCCUUUCUUCCUGCUCGGCUCCCACUGAGACCAACAGUGUCUCCUCCUGGGACCACUAG